UUCGAUGAAACCAAGCCUUCAAUAAAAUUAUUUUUUAUUUUUAUUUCUCUAUCGUUCAGAUCAAACAGGCAUUAAUUAACUCGUAAACUACACAUUUACAAACUUUUAAAUAAUUGUCCGUUAAAUAUUUUCUUUGGGCUGGCACUGCUUUAAUUCCAAUCAGCUGUUCCUAUUCAUUCGUGCUUCUUCUAGUUUUACACAUUUGUUUUACGUAAAAAGCCGCACAGCUGGUUGAAAUACAUCUCCUAAUUUUAGUAACCUACUAAUAUUUGUCAAUAAAAAUCCAUAUUAAAAAAAAUAAUGUCACGAAAUAUAUAUCGUUUGAUGAACAACUGUAGUAGAACACUGGUUUUUCAAGCACAUGCUUGUCCAUCGAAGUUGAUAAACUCACCGGCCAAUCAUAUACAGCGACGUUUUGCUGCCACAGACCCUACAAAAGGCAAGGGUCCGAUUUCGUGGAAGAGCUUAGCUUUUAUUGGUGGUGCCGGUGCAAUCGGUCUAGGUUUUAUGUUGUACGUAAAGAAGGAAAAAGAGGAGGCAAUAAUGCGCGAACGAAAAAGGCAAUUGGGUAAAGCGGCGAUUGGUGGCUCUUGGGAACUUACUGAUUCGGAGGGUAAGGUACGCAAGUCGGAAGAUUUUCUAGGGAAGUGGUUGCUGAUUUAUUUUGGAUUUACACAUUGUCCGGAUAUAUGCCCCGACGAAUUGGAAAAAAUGGCAGCGGUGGUUGAUGCGAUAGAAAAGUCACCACAAACUCCAGAAAUUCAACCGAUUUUCAUUACUGUGGAUCCGGAACGUGAUACCAAAGAAAUUGUUGGCAAAUAUGUGAAAGAAUUUUCACCAAAGUUACUGGGUCUUACCGGUACUGUUGAUCAAAUACGAAAGGUUUGCAAAGCAUUCCGUGUUUACUUUAGCGCUGGUCCACGCGACGUUGACAACGAUUAUAUUGUGGAUCACACUAUCAUUAUGUACCUAGUUAAUCCCGAUGGCGAAUUUGUGGACUAUUAUGGUCAAAAUCGCGAUAAGGAUCAAUGUAUAAGUUCGAUAUUAGUAAACAUCACCAAAUGGAAUAAUUUGAACAAAAAGUCUUGGUUUGGUUAAGAUCAUAAGGAAUUGUAGUAAGAUUUUGUUCUGAGUUGUAUUAUUAAAUGAAAAUAUGUUUAAUUAAUUUGCAUUUAAAAAUAAUGCUAAUACCCAACAAUCGCGCAAUAAAUUUUCAAAAGUGAAUAUAUGUACAUAAGUAAACGUAUUCAUACCUAAAUGUUGGUAAUAUUUUAUAUGUGUAUUUAUAUGUUUAAAUUUAAACAUAAGUUCACCGGUUUGUAGAUCUAUCGAGAUUUGCUAUAAAUUCUUUGCAAAGCAAAAACGUGGCAUCUUUCUGUUGCAAAUGACAUUCAAUUGAAAUUUAUAUUGUCAGCACUGCCUCUGCACACGAAGCUUCUUUUUGACAUUUCAAAGCGCUGUCCACAGCAUUAAAAGAAAUUAAUUUUUGUGAAAACAUAUAAAAAACAGUACAAAAUGAGACCUUUAAUGCUGCAAGGACAUGAGCGUUCCAUAACGCAAAUUAAGUUUAAUCGUGAGGGUGACCUUCUGUUUUCAUGCUCAAAGGAUCAAAAGCCUAACGUGUGGUACUCACUAAACGGUGAACGUCUAGGUACAUACGAUGGCCACCAGGGCGCGGUUUGGUGUCUGGACGUUGAUUGGACAACAUCGAAACUUAUAUCGGGUGCCGGUGAUAUGACUACAAAGAUAUGGGAUGUUGAACAUGGUACUGUGAUUGCUUCGAUCCCUGCCAAAUCUUCUGUGCGUACAUGUAAUUUUAGUUAUUCCGGCAAUCAAGCGGCAUACUCUACAGAUAAAGCUAUGGGUCAAAAUUGUGAGUUAUUUAUAAUCGAUGUGCGUACGGCAGAUUCCAGCAUUGAAGAACAGGUUCCAAUUUUGCGUAUACCAAUGUUACCUUCGAAAAUCACUUCUAUGCUCUGGGGACCUUUAGAUGAAACCAUCAUUACAGGGCACGAUAACGGACAAAUUUCUAUUUGGGACAUUCGCAAAGGAGGUCGUGAGAUUAAUUCUGUAAAUGAUCACACCGCUGGUAUAAACGAUAUGCAAAUGAACAACGAUGGCACAAUGUUUGUCACUGCUUCCAAGGAUACAUCAGCAAAACUAUUCGAUUCCGAAUCUCUAAUGUGUCUAAAGACCUAUAAAACUGAGAGACCUGUGAAUUCAGCUUCAAUUAGUCCGAUUAUGGACCACGUAGUGUUGGGUGGUGGCCAAGAUGCUAUGGAGGUGACAACUACAUCUACUAAGGCUGGUAAAUUUGAUUCACGUUUCUUCCACUUAAUUUAUGAGGAGGAGUUCGCUCGACUAAAGGGUCAUUUCGGUCCCAUUAACAGUUUGGCCUUUCAUCCGGAUGGCAAAAGUUAUGCUUCAGGUGGUGAGGAUGGUUUUGUGCGUGUGCAAACGUUUGAUAGUACAUAUUUUGAAAAUAUCUUUGAGUAGAUACAUCCAUGUAUAUAUGUGCUUAUUGAAAUAGUUUACUUUUUAGUCACCUCCGAUAACCUUUUUGUAACUGUAUUUAUGUGAAAUCGAAACUGGUACGCAAAUAUAAUGUUUGCUAAUAAAAUAAACCUCAAAAGAUAUGUGAGAACAAGAAGAAAAGCAAAAA